UUGUCAAUGUCUGUUGUUUCCAAAUGCCGGCUGAGAUCUUUUGGCACGUCACCCAAUGUGCCCAUCACCACCGGGACCACCUGCACUGGUUUCUGCCAGAGUCUUCAAAGUUCAAUCUUGAGAUCCUGAUAGCGGCUGAGUUUUUCCUGUUGUUUUUCGUCAAUGCGACUGUCCCUUGGGAUGGCAACAUUUAUGAUCCAAACCUUUUUCUUUUCCACAACUGUGAUGUCUGGUGUGUUGUGUUCCAGAACUUUGUCAGUCUGGAUUCGGAAAUCCCACAGUAUCUUUGUAUGCUCAUUCUCCAAUACUUUUGCAGGGAUGCCUCCAACAGCAGGAAGAGUUUACCUCCCUUGAAGAGAAGCCGCAAUUCCCCGGUGCUUCAGCUGAGUUUGUGGACAGGCUCGAGUUCAUCCAACCCAAUGUCAUUUCCGGAAUUCCCAUCUACCGGGUUAUGGACCGGCAGGGGCAGAUUGUCAAUCUCAGUGAGGACCCGCAGCUUUCCAAGGAGCAAGUCUUGAAGUUCUACAAGAGCAUGACCCUUCUGAACACUAUGGAUCGGAUCCUCUAUGAAUCACAGAGGCAGGGGCGAAUUUCCUUUUACAUGACCAAUUAUGGGGAGGAAGGCACCCAUAUUGGCAGUGCAGCUGCUCUCGAUGACACUGACCUUGUGUUUGGGCAGUAUCGGGAAGCAGGUGUCCUGAUGCACAGGGGGUACCCUCUGGACCUCUUUAUGGCGCAAUGCUAUGGCAAUGCCACUGACCCUGGAAAAGGUCGCCAGAUGCCUGUGCAUUACGGCUGCAAGGAUUUGCAUUUUGUUACGAUAUCAUCCCCACUGGCUACUCAAAUCCCACAAGCUGUCGGCUCUGCUUAUGCCAUCAAGAGGGAGAAUAACAACCGGAUUGUGAUCUGCUACUUUGGGGAAGGGGCUGCCAGUGAGGGCGAUGCCCAUGCAGGGUUCAAUUUUGCCGCCACCCUGGAAUGCCCCAUCAUUUUCUUUUGCCGGAACAAUGGUUACGCCAUCUCCACCCCAACCUCUGAGCAGUACCGGGGUGAUGGAAUUGCUGCCCGGGGUCCUGGAUAUGGCAUCCACUCCAUCCGGGUGGAUGGCAACGACGUCUUUGCGGUGUACAACGCCACCAAGGAGGCCCGGCGCCGGGCUGUAGCAGAGAACCAGCCAUUCCUCAUUGAGGCCAUGACCUACAGGAUCGGGCACCACAGCACCAGUGAUGACAGCUCUGCGUAUCGCUCAGUGGAUGAAGUCAACUAUUGGGACAAACAGGACCAUCCCAUCUCUCGACUCCGUCACUAUAUGACUGGGCGAGGCUGGUGGGAUGAAGAGCAGGAGAAGAUCUGGCGCAAGAAAUCCCGCAAAAGAGUGAUGGAGGCCUUCGAAGAGGCAGAGCGCAAGCUGAAACCCAAAUUCCAGCACCUCUUUUCGGAUGUCUACUCAGAGAUGCCCUGGCACAUCCAGAAGCAGCAGGAAUCCCUGGAGCGCCACCUCAAGCAGUAUGGCGAACACUACCCCCUGGACCACUAUGAGAAGUGAUUUGUAAGUCAUCCCCUCGCUCUUCAAUGAGUAGGAUUUGCAGAAAAUAACUUUAGCUCAAAGAAAGAUCAAUUUGUAAUCACUUCCUUCUCACCAUGAUAAUGGUGCGAAACUAGUUCCGACUCCUCUGUUAAGAGAUUUGUGGACAAACGUGGUAAAGGACAAGCACCUAUAAGCUCUGGCACCUUUAGUCGCUCCAGCUCAGCUUGGGUUAACUACCUGCUGCCUUGUUUUGCCCCAAUUUUAAACACAGAUAUAUUUUUUCGUUGAACAUAGCCUUAUUUAAAGCACAGGAGCAGUUGAUGGCUCUUCUGCUGUGCAUAUGAACUGCCUUAUCUGUGCCGUUCCUUUGCUGGACCAACUUCUCCUGCGUCCUGUUACAUCUGUCUCCCUUGGUUCUAUUCCACAAACACUGGGAAAGAACCAACAUGCAACAUCUUGGUUUCCUUUCCCAGAGAAGUUGUGUCCAAAAAAAAAAAAACAUAUUUGCCAAAAUGUUUUCCAGUUCCCCUCAAACACUUUUGGGAGAAAGCAAUGGAUGUAUGUGUUUGAGAGAGAAUGGGAUUUUCCACUUUCCUUUAAAGGUAAACUUGUGGUGGCCGUAUAAAUCCAGUCCGUGCUUAUGUGUUUUGGAGCAGACCUGGCCAAUAACUCCAGAAAUUUGUCUUUAGCUAAUUCAUUGACAUAGUACAAGGGCUUUCCUUGGAAAUUAGUGAGGAAGCAACUGUUGUAUACCUUCUGACUAUCAACAAAACUAAAUUGGUGCUGAAAACAAAAUUCAAAAAAAAAAAAAAAAAAAGAGGUGGAUAUCAACUGGGCUUUUGCCUGAUUGUCUUUCCUGGCCAUAAGGUUUGUAUUUCCAGCACCUCUGCAAGUAUUCAGCACUCUCUUGAACUGUUAGGUUUUUCCUUAAUCAUAACUGUUAGAUAGAAAGCACAAGAUUUAACUGGGGCUUAGAGAGAAUAAUUUGUGAAUGUCAGCUACUCCAGGCAGCUGUAUGUUUGGUAAGACGGCAAGUUGGCAAAGUAAUAAAAGGAUUUUACAAUA